CAUCUUUAUUACACCUACUCGUAUCAUAUGACAUAUGCUCGUAAAAAAUAGGGAAUAAAAACCAAAAAGGUAAAGCAGGAUAACAGAAUCGGUCCAUCACUUCCUUUUCGGGUAGACCCGGUCCAUUACUUUUCAUCACUCGCAACUCUCACAAUAGCACUACAACAGCACUGCUUCAAUUUUGUUUCCCUGAAAAAGAGUAGGGUUCAUAAAAACCACUAAUUUUCUCCGUUGCUCAACAUCCUGCAAAAAGAUGAGAAAUUUAGCAAAAUCUCUGCAAAUUUCAUCAAAUCUAUGGCGUUCUUCAAUAACCCACAAACCAUUAUCUUCAUCUUCAACCUUCUUAUCUUCUUCAGAACCCUUAAUUACCCAGGAACCAGUCUCAGAAUCUUCAUCAUUAAACCAAUCCCAAAUCUCAAAUGAUUUAAACGAGGCUAAUUCCCAAAUACCCAUCUCACAAAAUCAUCAAAAUCCCACAAAUCUUUCUCAGUCUGAUGAUGCAACUGAAUUAUUGAGCUCAAAGGACCAACCCUCUGCAAUGUCAUACUACAAAUGGGCUGAAAAUCAACCUGGUUUUGGUGAUGGGGUUGAGUCUUUCUGUUUAUUGCUGCACAAUUUGAGGGGUUUAAAGUUUCAGCAAUCGGCGGUGAAAGAAUUGGUUUCAGCCCCGAAAUUUCCUGAUGCUACUACUAUGAUUCAAGGCCUCAAUGAUUGCUCCAAAAGGUUUGAUUUCGAAUUAGAUUCGCGAGAUUUUAAUUACUUGCUAUUUGGAUAUCUUGCAACUGAUAGAUUUGAUGAUGCAAUUAGUUGUUUUAAUUGGAUGCUUGAUAAUAACAUUGAUGUGUGGGUGUCAUAUGUGAAUGAUAUUAUUCAAGUGUUAGUGUUUCAGAAGAAUAUGAUGAAAGAAGCUAGGGAGUUGUAUGAUAAGUUGUGUUGUAGAGGUUUUGUUGGGAAUAAUGCUACUGUUCGUUUGAUGAUGAGGGCUUGCUUGAAAGAUGGGGAGCUGAGUGAGGCGGAGCGAUAUUUUAGAUUAGCAAAGGAUAAGGGGGUUGAAUUAGAUCCGGGCGUGUUUAGUUGUGCUGUUGGAGUUGUUAGUAAGAAACCUGAUUGUAAUGCAGCUUGUGAGCUGUUGAUGAAGAUGAAAGAGAAAGGUUUUGUGCCCUCUGCGGGUACCUACAACCAAGCUAUUAUCGCGUGUGUGAAGCAGCAGAAUUUGAUGGAAGCUUUGAGACUGAAAGAUGAAAUGAUGUCAGAUGGAAAACCGAUGAAUUUGGUCGUUGCUACGAACUUGAUAAAGGGGUAUUGUUUAUCGGGUGAUUUGGAGAGUGCUUUAGGCUUGUUUGCUAAAUUAGCUGAGCAUGAACUUACACCAAAUAUAGCCACUUAUUCAGUUAUAAUUGAUGGAUGUUGUAUGAAGGGGGAUAUGGAGAAAGCAUCUGAGCUUUUUGAUCAAAUGACUGAAAAGGGUAUCAAACCCAGUGUCUAUAAUAUUAAUUCAUUGAUUAAAGGGUUUCUGAAAGGUCGGUUAUUGGAGAAAGCCUAUGAUACGAUUAACAAGGCGGCUGAAUCUGGUUUGGCUGAUGGAUCCACAUUUAACAUAUUAGUAUCUUGGCUUUGUAGAGAUGACAAGGUGGAUGAAGCUCAAAAGAUUUGGGAUAAGAUGAUAAGAUGUGGAAUCAGACCUAAUGUAGUUAAUUAUAACAACCUAAUUUAUGGUUAUUGUAAGAUAGGAAACGCCGCUAUGGCACAUAGCAUGUAUGUUGAGAUGAUUGCUAAGGGUGUGAAACCCAAUGCUAUCACCUUAACAAUAUUAAUAAGCUGGUAUUUCAAGAAAGGCGAGGUAGAGAAAGCUUUGAAGUUGUUUGAUGAGAGGGUGCACCUAAGGAUUGAUUGUACAGAUUACACUUACAAUACUGUUAUUGAUGGAUUGUGCAAACAUGGCCAAACAUCGUAUGCGAGGAAUCUACUAGAGAAUUUUAUAAAGAAAGAUAAUUUCAUACCAUCUUGCAUGACUUACAAUAUGGUUAUUGAUGGAUUAUUGAAGGAAGGUGAUCUGGAUUCUGCAUUUUCUGUUUAUAAUGAGAUGAGCGAGAAAGGAGUCUACCCAACUGUUUUCACAUACACAAUUCUAAUUAAUGCAUGCUGCAAGAGCAAUAAUUUUGAUCUUGCUUUGAAAAUGCUCAAUGAGAUGAUAAGCAAGGGUCUUAAAUUGGAUAUUACCGCAUAUGGCACACUUAUUGACGCUUUUUGCAAAAGAAGGGACAUGAAGAGUGCGUGUAAACUUUUUGAUGAAUUUUGUGAAGCAGGGUUGUCUCCAAACAUAUAUAUUUAUACUUCCAUGAUCAGUGGUUAUAGAAAUAUAAAUAACAUUGAAGCGGCUCUCUCGUUUCAUAAGAAAAUGACUGAACAAGGGAUAUUUUGUGAUUUGAAAACAUACACCACUUUAAUAGAUGGACUUCUGAAGGAAGAUAAAUUGCAAUCAGCUUUAGAAUUCUAUGCUGAGAUGGUAGCAGAAGGCAUCAUGCCUGAUGAAAUCACUUACACAGUUUUGGUGAAUGGCCUGUGUAAGAAAGGCAAGCUGGAAAAUGCACGUGAAUUUUUCAAAGAGAUGGAAGAAAAGGGAGCGACUCCUAACUCCCUUAUGUAUAAUGCUUUGGUUGCCGGGUAUUUUAAAGAGGGUAAUUUGCCUGAAGCUUUCAAAAUGUACGAUGAAAUGCUCGAGAGAGGUCUUAGUCCAGAUAGAAUGACUCUUGAUUUUCUCAUGAACGCAAAUUUCAAACCAAGUUACCAAUUAUCAAAGACUUCAAUUUCUUAGCCGUCAGACAUACCUAUAUUCUGCAAAGAGGCCAUGUGGUCUGCUUUGCAUGAGCUUUUUGGAGACUUUGCAGACAGGAAAAGUAAAUUGGAAACUCACAUCAGCAAAGUACGAGAAGAAUGAAGAUGGAGAGAUAUCACAGAAGUUUACACUCCCAUCAGCUUGAUCAAGCACAAGUAAUUGACUAACCGGAGAAUCAGACUACUAUAAAAAGAUAUGGGCAUGCUUUGUUUUGUCUGGCAGACAGCUAUCUUCAUUAAGUGAGGUGCGAUGUUUAUGUUUUGUCUGCCUUUUAAGAACUUUCUUCACAAGACAUAUUUGCUGCUGCAUUUGCCUUACAGUUUGACUGCUACUAUAUGGUCUAUUUUUACCUCAGCUUUGAGUUAACAUUGGUCAAGGUUAUCUAAAAACAUAACAUGACCAGAAUAAAGUAGUUCUUGACUUGGAUCCAUAAACCUAUAGUUAAAUAAAUUGCCCCAUCUCAAUUCCAAAUUUCUACCCUGAUCUGGUUGAUUGUGCUGAAUUAUUGACUAGCUCUGCCGAAGUACUAGUCAUUUAGUAGGUACCAACCCUUCUCAAAAUAGACACACAAAAGAAACGCUAACAGACCUCAAAAUUCAUCUUGAAAACAAUUGUAUGUCAUCAUGCUGGAUGGCGGGGUCAAUCGAAUCUUACCAUCUUCCAGGGGUAUAGUUAAUCACACUGAUUUUGCAAUUCAAUUUUAAUACUAUGGAAACUUUCACUUUGGUUUGAUAUUAUGGAAGGAAAGGAACUCUCCCAUUUUCCUUCUAAAUCUUUCCAACAAUGGAGGGAUUUGGCUAAUUUUAGAUGGUAAGUGGUACUAUGCUUUACUAGUAUUCUUAAUUCUGUGAAUAUACUCGAUUACAAGCUGAUGAAAUGAAGUGUACUUGUUUCAGGUUUCUUCUGGUGGUAAACGACGUUUCUGUUUGGCCUGGUAUUAUCCUAUACUCUAUUAGCUGAAGGUGUUACAGGCUCUAUAUGAUUCUCUCUACACCAGAAAAUGAUUAUUAGAUAAUGCUGGUUAGAUAUUAUUGUAAUUACCUGCUGCAAAUCUGCAAGUCUUGCGCAGAAAAGUGUACAAUGUAAAUGAUAUGAGAUAUUUGUAAUUUCAAAGUUGUGUUCAAUUGUUUUACUGUAUUGCUGUUCACUUCACUUCUUGUUUCACAUACUCCAUAUAAAGUUUGAUUUUUGAGUAAACUUUUUUUUCCA